AGUGUAUGAUCAAAUUGAAUACAUAAAUAUUAUAUAAAGUACACUGUCCAGUGUAUAUGGAUAAUGAAUAAACUCUAAACUAUUAACCCCACUCAUACAUCCAGGUACAUUUCCAUUAAGAAACUGCUAGCAAUGUAGCUGCCAUACCUAAACCAGUUAAACACACACAUUUCUCCCAAUAAACAAAAGGCAAUUUUUUUAGUUUUUAGUCAGUGUUAGUUCAUAUAAGCAACAGCCAAGAAAAAGCACAUUACUUCAACAGGAGUGCACACUUUAACACAGCUGCGUAAAACAAUGGGUACAGACAGAAACUUUGGGUUCAAUUUUAGCUUUGAAUAGGUGAGAGAAUAUUUUUGGAAAAUGGACACUGAAGUUGAUAAAAUGUUUUUUGUAUAUGUAAUUCAAAUAUUAAACUUUUUUUUUCAUUUACAGAGAAUCUAUCUAGAGACUAGCAUGCACUGUUGGAGUUUCAUAGCUAGAUUCAAUUAUUUGUUUAACAGUGCUGGCGUUUAGAUUCAUUGAAAAUACCUCAAUUUCUUCGAAUUGUGUGUGAAUUGAGGAAACAAGUAUUUUCGCACAGAAACGAGCCCAUGUUGAAGAACAUAUUUCAUCCCAGUAGCUGUUGGUUUUAGAAGGUUUUUUUGUAACGGGUGCUCAUGAACUCUUAGAGUAAGAGGUUUCAUGUUGAAUGUGUGCCCUGAAAUAACGUUUGAAUUACCGUGGUAUGUUAUCAAUUCCUGUAUGGAAUUGUUUUUGUAGCAUUUCUGUUAUUUGUUUUGUAUUCUGUAGUAAAAAGGGGCUUUUUCAUUUGAAUUUGUAUUUUCUGUCAUUAAGUACCAGAUACUUUACAGAUAGACACUCAAAAUAUAUCCCAUGUUUUAUUCAUUCUUCAAGUGAGGACAGUAGCUUUCUUUAGCUAGAUAUACAGCACUGAUUUAGAUGACUAGUUAUAUGUUCAAUAUGUUACGUCCGUUUUAAUUCUUUUUACCAGCAUUGAAAGCUCCAUGGAACACUAUGUUUAUGCCGAAGUCUCUGGGUGGUGGAGUCGGCUACAGCACAGUCCAAAUGAGCUGCUGUAUAGCACGCAAAGAAACCAAGUCCAGUAUAAACGGUACAUGUAAUAUCUUCUCAUUUACUUCCGUGCUUAAAGGUCAGACUUAAAUGGUUUGAAACAUUUCAUAUUCUGAAGCAAUCUGAACUGGAUUCAGUUGGAAACAAAUUGGAUGUGAAAAAGACAGAAGUUUGUUAAAAUUUCGAAACUGCUUAGAAUGUUCCCUUCAUCCUUUAAUUGGCCCUGAUGGUGCUGCCCUGCUCUAAUUGGCCCUGGCGGUGCUGCCGGCUCUAAUUGGCCCUGAUGGUGCUGCUGGCUCUUUUAAUUGGCCCUGAUGGUGCUGCCCUGCUCUAAUUGGCCCUGAUGGUGCUGCCCUGCUCUAAUUGGCCCUGAUGGUGCUGCCCUGCUUUAAUUGGCCCUGAUGGUGCUGCCCUGCUCUAAUUGGCCCUGAUGGUGCUGCCCUGCUCUAAUUGGCCCUGAUGGUGCUGCCCUGCUCUAAUUGGCCCUGAUGGUGCUGCCCUGCUCUAAUUGGCUCUGGUGGUGCUGCCGGCUCUUUCUAUCUUGAAGGGAGAACUUCAGGAGAUCUGUUUCUGAAGAGAUAGCUUAUAGAAGCAAACUAUAUUUGUAGCAUUGCCAUUUUAAAUAUAACAAGUUAUCAUACCACCUUUGAGUUUUUUCAUAAGUAUAAUCACAUCAAGAUAAUAUUUAAAUAGAUUUUUAUAGGUAGAAAGAUAAAAAAGACAGUUUGGUUGAGGAACAAAGAGAAAGACACAUCUUUCAGUGCAAAAUGAUCCGUUUCCAAGUAGCUUUAAACUUCAUUUUCUUUUUUUCUUCUUUUAUUUUACUGUCCCCUUACCUGUUUAAGGUGUUUGUAGUCAUUCUGGGUGCUUCUCGUUGAGGGUUUUUUAGUUUUAUAAAUGUGUUGGUUUCAGGAGCUGCUCUUCCUGUCAGAAUCUAUGCCACUGAAGCACGAUCAGCCAAAGUGUCUUUAUAGAAGUAAGAACCAGCGCCAUCUAGUGACCGGACACUUUAGAAAAAGUUUUCUUCAGUUUUGUUGGCAAUACACAGCAGUGCGCCAGACAGUGCUUCGUAAUACAGACACCUUGCUGAUCCAGCCUCCAACUAGAAAAGCUUCUGAACUCCUAAUCAAAGCAACACAGAAUCACCAAACAAUACGAAACACAGCCUGGGAAGGAUUGCAAACAACGUGGAAGGGUAAGGGAUCCGUAACAAAUCACAAGAUGGCAUUUGACGUUACUCUGUUUUGGUCGGUAGACCACAUUUAGACUUUGCACAUCUAUAUUUGAUUAGUUUAAUUGCGUGCAACUUGGUUUCAGAUUUAAUGAGGUGUUUUCCUCUCCCCAUGUGUUCCCUUCACGUGUUCCAAUGCAAGCCGUGGACAUCAUUAGAUGUGAUCACCGUGUCCCUGCCUUUUAAUAUUUGCAGUAUUACACAGAAUCCUAGACGCUGGAUGCAUUUGAGUACAAAUCUCUGCUUGUCUUAUGACUGCCAUGUUGUUAAUGUCUAGUUUCAGCAAGGAGCAGUCCAUACAUUUGAAAUGUGGGACAUCAGGAAUGAUUUCCUGGGAUUGCUGUGUUAGCACUGUGUACUUUAACCCAACCCCUGGGAUCUGAGAACCACCUGAUAUCUUAAACAACGGGGCCUGACCGCGGCUGGCUUUGUUUUUAAGUCAUUUUUAUUUUUUAGUUUUAUUUUAAGUUGUUUUGUAAUGUUUUACUUGUUUUUUUGUUGUUGUUUUUAUCCUGACGGAUUUAAUAAAAUAAGCUAGCUUGAAUAUUUCCUACUUUUUAGAUUUUGUGUACUUCAAUUAACCAAAUAGAAAUGUUUCAAAUGAACCUUAGAUAAUUUAGAAAGAAGCUCAUCCUGUAGCUUUUUUGUUUAUUUCUUAUUGUUUUGAAUUAAAGUUCUGCUUUUUGCAAAUCCUGCUGCCUUCAGUAAUGACACUGUUCAAGUGAUGUGUUGAGGCUGAUCAUAAAUACAUGUUCUAAACGAUCGCUUCAGUAUGUGCACGGGCUUUUGUCUGGGGUGUCAUCAUAAACGUCUGUUCUUAUACACAGGACUAUUCAGUGAAGACAUAAGAAAGGAAAAGCCCACUUAAAGAGUUUUUUAGCUUUAUAACACUUGUUUUAUUGUAAUGGUAGAAGUAGACUUUCUCCUUUUCAAUGUUUAUUUUUAAGGGGCUCGAAAAUUACUGUAAUAAAUCACCUUUUAGAUUGUGUAUUUAACUGGGGUUUAACAUGAUUUUAGAUUUUCCUUAGCUUGUAUGUCUCUGCCCCGGCUCUAUUUGAUCAGGUCAGAAGCAGAGGGUACAUUGAAAAUGAUCACAUUAAGUAGGAAAACGCCUGCAACCGGUGCACAAUAGACAUGUUUCAAUAAAAUAACUUCAUAAAAAUAAAUGUUCCUCUGUAAGGUGAUCUAUUGCAGUUUUUGGGAGCCCCUGAAAAAAGACCAUUUUAGCCUCCUCAGCUUUACAAUGAGCAUUCCAUGAAACCAAAGGAAUACCGGAUAAUCCUGGCAAAGGCGACGCUGUAAUAGGAUUAGUAAAGACUUGGGUGCUCACUUUUUCAGCCCAAGGGAACAAUUCUCCACUACAGGUGAAAACUGACUCGGUCAUUGAAUCUGUCAUGUCAGAGGGGAUUGGUGAGUGACAGGCAGUAGUGUUUAAUAAGACCAUAUUAAAACCUGGUGGAUGGAUUUCUUCCUCUUUUUAUAGUCCCGUAUGCGGGAAGCAUAUGCAGAUGAAGAGGUGUACAGUUUUACAGUCUGGUGGUCAUGAUUACAAAGGUUGAACAGAAAAGUCAGAAACACUUAAUGCGCAAUUUGAAAAUGUCUAAACUGCUUGGCGCUGUACAAUAUGCAACGUAUUCCAGUAGCUGAUUUAAGGUUUGUAGAAUUGUAUUUAAAGUGGACACUAGGGGAGCCGUGUUCUGAGUUUGGCACGAGCUCUUCUGGUAAGGUGUACAUGCCAGAUGUAUUUCUUUCUGUUUCUAUCUUUUGGUUUGUUGUCGGGUCCAGUGCUUCUGCAGUUACAGGUCUGUGCAGCUGAAUCGGACGCAGUGUUUGUUUCAGACUGGUACUCUCUCUGUUUUCUAUGGUACUUUUUUAAAAAAGAAAAAAAAAAACACCACAGCAAUGGACAAUAAAUUGGACUUGAGGUUCAA